AUGUCUACGAGUCCGAAUACGACGCAACGGAUGCCUUUGGCAUACCGUGUCAUCUUUGCCAUCCUCGACAUUGCGCUGCCUGUCAUGGGCAUCGCUUUCAACGUCCUGAACCCGCUGCAGGCACUGGGCAACUUUACACCGCAUCCCACAUCGCCCAUCAACCUCGAAACCCACGUGUUGCUCGACUGCACGUCUGGCUUCUUUGCCGCUCUCGCCUUUGUCAACGUCUACCUGCUCAUCUACCGACCUCACGAUCUGGUAGUCUGGAAGGGUCUUGUCGGCGGCGUCUUUCUGCAGGACCUGUUCAUGAUCCGUGGCUUCCUGCAGGAGCUCGCGAUGCGAAACGGAAGCCCUGCCGUCGCAGGCUGGAGCGGACAAGACUGGGGCAAUGUGGCUGGAUACUCAGUGAUUGCUCUGGUGAGAGCCUUGUUCGUGUUGGGUGUCGGAGUGGGCUCGAACGCCAAACAAAGAGGCAACUGA